AGACCGACCGCGCGUGUUUGUGCGGUGGUCCGUUAGGUCCUCCCUCUCCCACAAAAGUGGGUCACGGAGAGAGGCUCCUAUCUUUAUACACAUUUCACCAAGUAAAACUACCAAUGUGGUAGUUUUUCCACUUGAGACUCUAUAGCUUUCAAAGCUAUUCAUAUACAUUUCCAACACUUCAGGGUUGUGGGUAGCAAGAAUUCGUCGACCCGGCUGGGGCCAGAGGUGGCAUUCGAGCUGGUAUGCUGGAGUGAUGAAUUGUCUGUUUCAGUGAUGGAGAGGAAGGCCAAAAGUGGAGGUAAGGUUUAUGAAAAGGGGAAGCCUCUUUCGUUCCAGAUGCAGUUUUCGACAGGGUUUGAGAUGGACGAGAAGGUGAAGAAGUGGUUUGAUGAGUGGCAAAAUUUGCCUUAUAUCUCUCCAUAUGAAAAUGCAACACGCCUCGGCUCUACUACUGAUGAGGUAGAUAAAUGGGCGGCUGGAGUUUUGCAUGAGCUUCUGAAUCUAUUUGUUUCAAAGAAGGCUGACAAGGAGGGUUUGCUAUACGUGGGAGAGUGGUUGGGCAUUCGAUCAUUGUUCAAGAGAGCAUUGCUUAACCACCCUGGGAUAUUUUAUGUUUCUGGUAAGAUGGGAACAUAUACAGUAGUUCUAAAGGAGGGGUACAAAAGAGGAUGGUCAGCUGAGAAGAAUGAAAUUGUUGAUAUUAGAAGUCGAUACAUGCAUCUUAUGCACUUGGUGCCUGAGGAUCGUAAAGCAACUACCAAUGCCCCUGUUGGAAGCAAGAAAGAGGAGAAGAAGACAUCUAAGCAACCGGGAGAGAACAAUAAAAAUCAUGAAAAGGAUGCUUCAGCAAAUUCUAAAGCAUCUGAGCUUGAUGAUAGUGAUGAUGAGGAUGCAUAUGACGACGAAGAUGAAUAAGAUAAUGAUGAAGUAGAGGAUAAGAAACAUGGCCGUGGUCAUGGAAAUGCUGUAAUAAAAAAGGGGAGAGCAAGUAAUGUAAGGAAUAUGGAUGUGAGGGGGCCUUCAAGGGGCCCAAGAAGAGAAAGGUCAGUUGAUAGACCUUUUAGGGAGAAUGUGGAUGUAAGAGCAGAAUAUUUCAGAAGAAUAGAUACGCACAUCAAUUUGGACACAAGGGGGCGUUCAAGGGAUUCAAGAAGAGAACGUCCAGAUGAGAAAACAUAUAGGAGUUUGGAUAUGAGGGGGUCUUCAAGUGGCCCAAGAAGGGAAAGGCCAGUUGAUAGACCUUUUAGGAAGAGUAUGGAUACGAGAACAGAGGAUUCCAGAAGAACUGAAACACGAAGGAAUUGGGACGUCAGGGGGCGUUCAAGGGAUUCAAGAAGAGAACACUCAGAUGAGAAACCUUAUAGGAAGAGUGAAAAUAAAGUUAGGUCAGAUGA